CAGUUGCUGUCUGACUUGGUGGAAAGGAUGGGAGAGAAGAAAAAUCAGAUAAAGGGAAUUGUCGGUGGCGCAAUUAGCAGAGGGCUGCGCGGGCAAGCCCAGCCCCUUCUGCUUCGCAGGACAUCUUAGCUCAGUUGUUUCGGUGACGCUGGGAGCCAGCUCCAUCUCUGUUCCUGUGUAAAUGCCUGAUCCCCGUGCCAUUCCUCCCGGAGUGAAUCAGACAGCGCCUGAGAUGUGAAACCCUCCUUCUUCUCUAGACUAGCGGCUGGACCCCCUUCCGGAACAGCGGGCCCUUCCCACGCCCAGCCUCUGCUGUCUGCAGUUGGCAUAAACAGUGACCUUUUUUUGUGUGGUGUUGUUGCAAGAUUUGAAUAUUAUUAUUAUUUUUUUUGGCCCAGCAGAUGAAUCUUUUUGGGGUUGCUGUCGAAUGCUGCUCGCUGACUCGGAUGUUUUAACUUUCCCUAGGAGACCCCCCCGCCUUUUGCUCUUUGUGGGUGUGUGUGAGGGGGGAUGUCUGAUGGUUUUCGGCUGAAAUUCGGCACAACGGACCCCUCCCUCCUUUUGCGAAGGAACGCUCCCUUGCCCUGCGCCAGCUUGUAAGGAGAAGGUGGGCCAGGGAAGGGAGCCAGCGUGGAUUGCCUUGCCGGGCCCUGCGGUAGCUGGUGUCAGAAUUGUUCCUGGCAUGCUGCUCAUGCCCAGGGCACAGGGGCUGCCAGCGAUGUUGCAGACUAUUUACGAGAGCGAAUCAUGUUUUUCUUCAGAUGGGGUAUCCGGACGCGAGCAGUCGCUGGAGCUCCUUUCGCGGACUCCGCUCCAUGGCCUUCCCGUGGCAGCGGUAGACGUGAAGCCGGUGCUGCCCGUGGCCAUGCAGAACUCCUGCGGCGGUGGCGGCAGCGGCGGCAGCAGCCCGGUGGACCUGCGGACAGACGCCCGGGGCAGCGGGCCCAGCGUGGACCCGGCGGUGCGGGAGCAGCAGCUGCAGCAGGAGCUGCUGGUCCUGAAGCAGCAGCAGCAGUUGCAGAAGCAACUGCUCUUCGCCGAGUUCCAGAAGCAGCACGAGCACUUGACGCGGCAGCACGAGGUCCAGCUGCAGAAGCACCUCAAGCAGCAGCAGGAGAUGCUGGCAGCAAAGCGGCAGCAGGAGCUGGAGCAUCAACGCAAGCAGGAGCAGCUGCGGCAGGAGGAGCUGGAGAAGCAGCGGCUGGAGCAGCAGCUCCUCAUCCUCCGGAACAAGGAGAAGAGCAAAGAAAGUGCGAUCGCCAGCACGGAAGUGAAGCUAAAACUCCAGGAGUUCCUACUCAGCAAAUCAAAAGAGCUGACCGCAGGUGGCUUCAACCAUUCCCUCCCACAGCACCCCAAAUGCUGGGGAGCCCAUCAUACCUCGUUGGACCAGAGUUCCCCUCCCCAGACAGGCAGCCCGGGAACACCGCCCUCCUACAAACUACCCCUACUCGGCACAUACGACAGCAGAGACGACUUUCCGCUCCGGAAAACCGCCUCGGAACCCAACUUAAAAGUGCGCUCGCGGUUAAAACAGAAGGUGGCCGAGCGCAGGAGCAGCCCCUUGUUGCGGAGGAAAGACGGGACCGUCAUCAGCACGUUCAAAAAGAGAGCCAUCGAGAUCACGGUCUCCUCCGUGUGUAACAGCGCCCCGGGGUCCGGUCCCAGCUCCCCGAACAGCUCCAACAGCGCCAUCGCCGAGAAUGGCUUCACAGGCUCCGCUCCCAACAUCCACACCGAGCUGCUCCCCCAGCACAGAGCCCUGGCCAUGGACGGGUCCGCUAGCCAGCUCAGCCUCUAUACCUCCCCGUCCCUGCCCAACAUCUCCCUCGGACUGCAGGCAACGGUCACCGUGACCAACUCGCACCUCAACGCUUCCCCGAAGCUCUCCACCCAGCAGGAGGCGGAGCGCCAGGCCAUCCAGUCGCUGCGCCAGGGCGGGGCGCUCACGGGCAAGUUCAUGAGCACCUCGUCCAUCCCCGGCUGCCUGCUGGGGGUCGCCCUGGAGGGCGAGACCAACAGCCAUGGGCACGCCUCCCUGCUGCAGCACGUGCUGCUCCUGGAGCAGGCCCGCCAGCAGAACACGCUGAUCGCCGUGCCGCUCCACGGCCAGUCCCCGCUGGUGACGGGCGAGCGCAUCUCCACCAACAUGCGGACGGUCAACAAGCUGCCCCGGCACCGCCCGCUGAGCCGCACCCAGUCGUCCCCGCUGCCCCAGAGCCCCCAGGCCCUGCAGCAGCUGGUCAUGCAGCAGCAGCACCAGCAGUUCCUAGAGAAGCAGAAGCAACAGCAGCAAAUUCAGCUUGGCAAGAUCAUCACCAAGACGGGCGAGCUGCCCCGCCAGCCCACCACGCACCCAGAGGAGACGGAGGAGGAGCUGACGGAGCAGCAGGAGGUGCUGCUGGAGGACACGGUGCCCCUGGGGCCGGUGGCCUUCGUGGUGGACGGCUCGCCGGAGAGCGAGAGCACGCAGGACGAGCUGGAGGAGGACGAGGGCGGCGAGCCGGUGAAGGACGAGGGGGGCGCGAGCGGGGACGAAGACGAGCACAUCGACUCGCCGGAGGUGGAGGAGCUGGGCGUGGCUUACAAGCAGGUGUUCCCCGAUCCUCAGCCGCUGCAGCCCAUCCAGCUCUUCCCAGCUUCCCUGACCAUCACCACCUUGCCUCACCAAGCGCUGAGCCGGACCCAGUCCUCGCCCGCCGCCACAGGCAUCAAGAACACAGCGGCUGAACCCCCGGUCAAACACCUGUUCACUACUGGCGUGAUCUACGACACGUUCAUGCUAAAGCACCAGUGUAUGUGCGGGAACACUAACAUUCACCCAGAGCAUGCUGGGAGAAUCCAGAGCAUCUGGUCCAGGCUCCAGGAGACCGGCUUGCUGAGCAAGUGCGAGCGGAUCCGGGGCAGGAAAGCGACGCUGGACGAAAUCCAGACAGUCCAUUCGGAGCAUCACACAUUGCUCUACGGAACCAGCCCCCUCAACCGGCAGAAACUUGACAGCAAGAAGCUGCUAGGUCCCAUCAGCCAGAAGAUGUAUGCGGUCUUGCCCUGCGGCGGCAUCGGGGUGGACAGCGACACGGUGUGGAACGAGAUGCACUCGUCCAGCGCCGUCCGCAUGGCUGUGGGCUGUUUGGUGGAGUUAGCCUUCAAGGUGGCCUCGGGAGAGCUCAAGAAUGGAUUUGCUGUCAUCCGGCCCCCGGGGCACCACGCGGAGGAAUCCACGGCCAUGGGCUUCUGCUUCUUCAACUCCGUCGCUAUCGCUGCCAAACUGCUCCAACAGAAGCUCAGCGUCGGCAAGAUCCUCAUUGUGGACUGGGACAUUCACCAUGGCAACGGCACCCAGCAAGCCUUCUACAGCGACCCCAACGUGCUGUACAUCUCCCUGCACCGCUACGACAACGGCAACUUCUUCCCAGGCAGCGGGGCCCCCGAGGAGGUUGGCAGUGGGAUGGGGGUGGGGUACAACGUCAACAUAGCCUGGACGGGCGGCGUGGACCCCCCCAUCGGAGACGUGGAGUACCUGGUCGCGUUCAGGACGGUGGUGAUGCCGAUAGCCAACGAGUUCUCCCCGGACGUGGUCCUGGUCUCUGCCGGCUUCGAUGCAGUCGAGGGACAUCUGUCUCCCCUGGGCGGCUACUCCGUCACGGCGAAAUGUUUCGGACACCUGACCAAGCAGCUGAUGAAGCUGGCCGGCGGGCGCGUGGUGCUGGCUUUGGAGGGAGGUCACGACCUGACAGCCAUUUGCGACGCCUCAGAAGCCUGUGUCUCCGCCCUGCUUGGCGUGGAGCUGGACCCCCUGGAUCAAGCUCUCCUGCAGCAAAAGCCAAAUGUAAAUGCCGUGGCCACCCUGGAGAAGGUUAUUGAAAUCCAGAGCAAGCACUGGAGCUCUGUGAAGCGCUGUGCCUCGGUGGUCAGCUGCUCCUUGCUGGAGGCGCAGAAGGGAGAAGCCGAGGAGGCAGAGACAGUAAGUGCCAUGGCAUCGCUCUCGGUCGAUGCCGAACAAGGAAGCACAGACUGCAGCCCCAGACAAGUGGAUGAACCGAUGGAGGCGGAGCCUGUUUUGUGAAGUGCCAAGCCGUCGUGUAGCUGUCACUUUUUUGUGGGUUUUUUGGUCAUUUGUGAUUUCGUUCCCCCCCUCCCCCUCCAAAAGGAAUUUUUUUUUCUAUUAAAAAGAGGAGAAAAAAAAAAAA